AUUUAGGAGUCGGGGUCGUUUUCGAUUGGGGUUCUUCUCUCUUCUCAAAGAUACCACCGACAGCUAAUUGGACAUGGGCGGAAUCUAGUCGAAGGUUGUCUAAUGCAGAUUGAAGGUAUCUCUUCUCAAAGAUACCACUGAGCUCGAUCAGUUCCUCCCAAUACAGUCAGCCAUAGCCAUGGCGACCUUACACUCGAUGAUGUCCCAGAGCGUCGUCCUUCCCACCUUCAAACCAAAACCCAAAUCCACACCCAUCUUCAAGCUUUCCCAGACCCCGCUUUUCUCGAGAGACAAGCGGAACACGAAGUCGUGGGCGGUAAGAUCCGUGGUAGAAGAGUCGGACGUGAUCCCAGUACAGAGCACGGACUCUACGGACCAGCAAGAAGGCGUGGUGGUAAGCCGGCUGGAGAGUGAAGGUGGGUUGGAGACGGAGUUGGUGGCCGGGUUCGGAUCGAGUCAUGAGGGGAGGCUCUCGUUCGAAGGGGCUGGUGAGUUUCAAGGCUUUUCUUCUUCUUCUUCUUCUUCCGGUUCGGUUGGUGAUGAAGUGGGAAAGAGGGAGAGUGAGGAAAUGGAGAAACUCAUUGACAGGACUAUCAACGGGACGAUAGUUUUGGCUGCGGGUACUUUCGCCAUCACCAAAUUGCUCACCAUUGAUUCGGACUACUGGCAUGGCUGGACGCUUUUUGAGAUACUAAGAUAUGCACCUCAACACAACUGGACUGCUUAUGAGGAAGCUCUUAAGACAAACCCAGUUUUGGCAAAAAUGGUUAUUAGUGGAGUGGUGUACUCCGUAGGUGAUUGGAUUGCACAGUGUUAUGAAGGAAAACCUCUCUUUGAUUUUGAUCGAGCACGAAUGUUCAGAUCUGGCCUUGUUGGCUUUACUCUACAUGGCUCCCUUUCUCAUUAUUAUUACCAGUUCUGUGAGGAGCUUUUUCCUUUCCAAGACUGGUGGGUGGUUCCUGCCAAAGUAAUCUUCGACCAAACUGCAUGGGCUGCAGUUUGGAAUAGCAUUUAUUUUACUUUCUUGGGAUUUUUGCGUUUCGAGUCCCCAGUUAGUAUUUUUAAUGAAUUGAAGGCGACGUUCUGGCCCAUGCUGACUGCAGGGUGGAAGCUUUGGCCUUUUGCUCAUCUUAUUACCUAUGGUGUGAUCCCAGUAGAACAAAGACUUCUUUGGGUGGACUGUGUAGAGCUUAUUUGGGUGACCAUACUCUCAACUUAUUCAAAUGAGAAAUCAGAAGCAAGAAUUUCUGAAGCACCAGCAGAAGCCAGCUCCAGUUCUCUAUCCACAGAUCCCCCUCAGGAGUAAAUUAACCACUUGGAAGUUGGAACCUGGAUGGUAAAGAAGAGGAGUUGCUCCAUUCAAUUGUGAGAGAGUAAAAUCCACUUUCUCGUGGAUUGUGAUACAAAAUGAUGUAAAAAGUAACGGCGAUCAUGGCUGGCACGACUGAUUACUGUAGAUAAUACAAUAUUCAAUUCUUCCUUUCAGGUGAAUGCAUGAAGCUCCUACUUAUAUA